CUUGCAGUCCCUUUAUUCAAACAGCCAGAUGUUACGCCAGACCUGUGAGAAGAAGGAGGAAAGACAUCCCCAGCCAUUUGGAUGAUCUUCCCCCCACAAUGCUGAAGAAAGAUUAUGCCAAUGUCCCAAUAGUAAAUAGUGUUGACGAUGUAGUGAAAAGACUGUUGUCACUGGAAAUGGCAAGCCAGAAGGAGAAGAUGAGAGUAAAGACACAACAGCUGGUGGAGAAGGUCAGGAGGUCUCCCAACGACAAUGGCUCCUUUGAGGUGCAAGUUGCUAUGUUGACUGCCAAGAUACGCACUUACGAGGAACAUCUUCAGAGGCAUCCCAAGGAUAAAAAUAACCGUCGUCGUAUGCUGAUGGACAUAGAUCGCCAGAAGAAGCUACUUGCCUAUCUUCGCCGUGUCCGCUAUGAUACCUUUGAAAACACCUGCAAGCAGUUGAAUAUCCAGUACACCCUACCCCCUCCCUACAGGAGAAGGAUGACCAAGCGUUGGGUUGUGAAGAAGGCUUUCUGCCUCAAGGUUUUUCAGGAGGUGCGGAAGCUGAAAGCACCGGAGCGACUAAAGCAGAGAAGAGAGUGGCAAGCGAGAGCGAGAGCUGCGAAGGAGAAGCAGGCACAGUGCGAGGGGACGCCUGUGUAG